GACCGGUUCGACACACGAUCGAGUUGGUCGAAGGUGUUGUUCCUCCAAAGAGUUGUGUUUACCGUAUGAGACCCGGCGAGUUGGAGGAACUCCGGUGGCAGAUCGAUGAGAAGAUUGACAAAGGGUGGAUCAAACCAAGUGAAUUUGAAUUUGGUGCUCCUAUGUUGUUUGUGCCAAAGAAAGGAGGCAAACUCCGCAUGUGUAUUGACUAUCGUAGUCUAAACCGCAUCACAAGAAAGAAUGCUUACCCAUUGCCUUGUAUAGAUGACUUGCUUGAUGCUGUAGGCGGGUGGAAGGUCUUCUCCAGGAUCGAUCUCAAGUCUGGCUACCACCUGAUUGAAGUCGAUCCCGCGGACCAGCACAAGACUACGUUCAAGACGCGCGAUGGGUUUUAUGAGUUUACCGUAAUGCCCUUCGGUCUUACGAACGUACCAGCCACGUUCCAAAGCCUCAUGGACAAGGUCGUCCGCGAACAGAUUGGCCGGUUCGUGGUAGUGUACCUGGACGAUAUCCUGAUUUUCAGCAAGUCCAUGGAGGAACACCUCAAGCAUCUUGAGGAGGUACUUUCCAUCCUCAAGAAGAUGCAACUUCAUCUCAACUUGGAGAAAUCCGAGUCUGGGAGGGAUAGCGUCAUCUAUCUUGGGCACCGGUUGUCUGUUGCAGGCCUAGAGCCUGAGGCAACCAAGAUUGAGGUCAUACGCGAUUGGCCUCAGCUUGUGAACAUUCGUGAAUUGCGUUCUUGUUUUGGUCUCGCGUCGUACUAUCGAAAAUUUGUACCCCGUUUUUCUAUCAUUGCUCAUCCAUUGUCGCAACUAACCAGCAAGAAUGUGUCUUCUUCCUGGGAUGCCGCGUGUACGAAAGCAUUUCGAACUCUCAAGGAAGCCUUGGUAAGUUACCCGGUACUCCACAUCGCAGAUGCCAAACUGACCUUCGUAGUUACCACGGAUGCAAGUCAGUAUGGAAUCGGUGUGGUGCUGCAACAAGAUGAUAGCGAUGGCCCGCGGCCACUCGAGUACUACAGCAAACGAAUGUCCAGCGUAAAGGUAGCCACUUCCACCUACAUGCGCGAGCUCUACGCUUUGCGCAUGGCAUUGGAUCACUGGAAACAUUACCUGUUGGGACGCCACUUCAAAGUGUUCUCGGAUCAUGAGACCUUGAAGUGGAUCAAAAUGCAGACUACUCUGUCCCCUACCUUGCUUCGCUGGUUUCAUGAGAUUGACAUCUUCGACUUUGAACUCAGACACAAAAAGGGUUGUUACAAUCGAGUCGCUGACGCAUUAUCUCGCCACCCUGAGUACAUGACUUGCCUUGUGAAAUCCUACGACCUACGGAAGAAACAGAAGGAGGAACUCGUAGAGCAGACAGCCAAGGAUCCGAAACUCACGGAGAGGCGAGCGGAUCCUUCCUGCUGCGUCGGUGGUGGAGGUAAAGAGGAGAGAGAGCGACGGAUCCGACGUGUCUCGGAAAGGAGGAUCGUCUUCUUCCGCGGGCUAGGACGCCAUAACCGGCAGAGGUUCUCAUCGUCGAAGGUGUUGCUCGGGAAGCCAUAUCCAAGAAGAACAAGAGAAAAGGAGACGAGAGCUGUAGUUGGAGAGUUGAUUGUAAUCAUGCAGACAGUGUAUCGUCGAUUCGGGGGUCCGACGGCGACUAUGGCGGCGGCUGCGCCACUGCUGCUGCUGGUGCUUGUCCUUCAGCUGGCAGCCCAUGCGUCCGCCAUUUCGCCCCCCGCGGAUUCGGUUCGGAUCAACUACUUCAGCGCCGCCGGGAGCGGCUGUCCUCCCGGGACCACGCAGGGGUCCAUUUCCAAUGACGGCAAGGCGCUGACGGUGAUGUACGGCAACUACACUGCCACGACGGACGGGGCGCUAGCGGAUCAAAGGAAGGCCUGCACUGUGACGGUCGGCCUCAGCUAUCCACGUGGCUUCGUGGUGAAGGUGGGGACGGUCACACUGCGCGGGUAUGCUAACCUCGAGAAGGGCGUGACGGGGACGGUGAAGACGCAGUACUACUUCUCUGGUCUGUUGGGGACGGCGAAAGUCAGCCGCACCAUCAAGGGUCGCUUCAACAACAACUUCGAAUUCACGGACCAAUUUAUGUCCGCGGUGUACAGCAAGUGUGCGGUGCAAAGAGACCUAAAUCUCUUGUCGGAGGUGCGCGUUAAUCCCGGCAGUUCACGAAAGAAUGGAAUCGUCACCAUCGACUCUCAGGAUCUGGCUCUCGUGCAAGUCUUGCAACUCAUCUGGGAAACCUGCUAGUCUGUCACGUGUCAGUGAACGUCUGCCAGCCGGCGAAUCAUUAGCGGAGUAGAAGCCAGUAGUAUCAAAGCUACGCAGGUCAGCUGAUGGAUGAAUUGGUCGGAACGCCAAGCGACUGGUCAGGAGGUCGAUCCGGUGGUCGGCAGGUCGAGGGACUGGUUGGUAGGUCGAGUGGCGGGUGGGAUGGUGGAGCGGGUGGUCGGGAGGCAAGGUCGAGCGACUGGUCUUAUGGGUUAGGGUAGAGCGGCCGGUCGGACGCUUGAGCGGCUGGACGGUAAGUCGAUCGAGUGGCCGGGAGGCAAGGUCGAGUUUCUGGUCUUAUGGGUUAGGGUAGAGCGACCGGUCGGAAGCUUGAGCGGCUGGACGGCAAGUCGAUCGAGGUGCCGGAAAUUGUAGUAGGUGGACUUGGCGUCAGUGACGAGAGUCCUCAGACAACUCUGCGUAGGGCAGUCUGUGCCUCUUUUCAUACAUAUAUGUGUAUGUGUAUUUAUUGAAGUCGCAAGGGAUUCUGUGCAUGACAAUGCCACAUUGCCACCGAGCGUAGGUGUUAUUUUCUUGAAGGAGUAUUUAGUCGGCGAAAAGUCCUCAUCUUGCCCGCAGUUUGGCUCCGCUUUGUGCUGUAUGGCGCCCUCUGCUUCCGUUUUUGUGGCGCACUUCCUGUUUGCACAAGUCCCCUGCGGAACUGCAAGGAACAUGCGCGUGUGUGUGUGCAUGUAGGACUGGUGAUUCAAUGGUUUGUCGUCUCCGGAAGCAAAUGUACGGCAAUUGCUUUUCUUUCUUUCGAACGGCGCAUAGCUGUCCUCUUCCAUGAGCACUUGACGUUGACUGAGCGCGCUCUCAGCUUCCCAUGGCCGACCGGCUUUUGCCACGUGUCCGUUUUUUCUGAUAACGCCGGUGCUGGCGAUCUUGAUGGAUUGAACUUGCAGUGUGCUCGCGAUCUUCGUUUUUUGCAAAUUAUGUGUGCUCACGAUCAUGAUGAGGACGUAGAUAGUCGGAAGUGUGAAAAAAAGAGAGGUCUGUCCGUGCUGCUAUCGUUGACCAUUGAUGAUGCACACGCUCUGGCCAAUCUGCACUGAAUGGGAAAGAUCGGAAUAAGUCUAAUCGAACCGCACUUCGAAAAUGGAUUGAGAUUGCGGCGAUUCACUGACGAUAUUGAUGGAUUGAAAAUGCUGUGCUGGCCAUC